AUAAUUGACCUUCCGCGACAAGCUCCGUCACCUCCGCAAGCAUGUCGUCUCCAAACAGUGCUCCCCUCCCCUCGUCCUUUGACGAAAAUGAGGACUUCUAUAACGAAAACCGUCUCGACAAAAUUUGGCGACGUCUUCGUGAAGAACCUCUCGUUCCCCUUGGUUGUGGUCUUACAGUAUGGGCGAUCGUUGGUGCAACACGCGCAAUGCGCAAGGGUGAUCACAAAAUGACAAACUUAUAUUUCCGCCGCCGCCUUUACGCACAAGCUUUCACAAUCGCCAUGCUGGUGGCGGGUAAUCUCUAUUGGCAAAAAGACAGAGUCAAGCGAAAGGAAUACGAGAAACAGGUGGAACAGAAGAAAGCAUCCGAAAAGAGGGAUAGGUGGUUGAAAGAAUUGGAGAUGCGCGAUGAGGAGGAAAAGGCAUGGAAGGAGAGAAUGGCAAAGAAGGUGAGAGGCGAAAGCAUCGACGAUACCAAGGGCGUCACAGAGCUGGUAGCACAGAAGACCAAAGAAUUAAAGAACCAGAAUAUCGGAGAAAAGUGAUUCAAUUUCUGGAGGAUAAUUGCGAGUCGCCGACAAGACUCUGGGGCAAUAUAAGCUCCGACUACCUGGCAUGGCGGCACUCAUACUAUCCCUAGUCGCCCGACAGGGUGUCGCCGAUGCAAGUUUAGCAGGAUCUACUUCGUCUUCUUUCUCUGUGCAUAUU